ACCGCGCCCCAAAGGAUAGCAAACAUUCUUGGCGUCGUCCAUGUUACAUCGGGACUGGGGAAGAAUAAGACAGAACCUGACAAAUCACACUGUGGAAAUUGGUGAUAUUGCUGAUGGCUGCUGGCGUCUCAUCGUGCGCGAGUUAAGGCUGGCUGAUUUGGGGGUUUUAUUCCGCAUAUGCCAAGAGGCAGUUGGCCCAGCGAGUUUAGGAUCGCCAGUCCCCUGAGCUGAGGCUAUCGACCGCCGGCACGCCGAGUUCUGCUGCGGCCCCAGCUCCUUCCCAGCCAGUGGGUUCCCUCCCACUCCGGUCCAGCCAUGGAUCAGGACUAUGAACGUCGGCUGCUGCGGCAGAUCAACAUCCAGAACGAGAUUCCCAGCCCCAUUAAAGUGACGGAAGUGAUGAGAUCUCUGACGCCCACUAACUCCCCGCUGUCCUCACCCAGCAAGCACGGUGACAGGUUUAUUCCGUCCCGCGCCGGUGCCAACUGGAGCAUCAACUUCCACAGGAUCAAUGAGAACGAGAAGUCGCCCAGUCAGAACAGGAAAACCAAGGAUGCUACGUCUGAUACCAGCAAAGCGGAUGGCCUGGCGUACUCCGCCCUCCUGAAGAACGAGCUGCUCGGCGCUGGCAUCGAGAAAGUGCAGGAUCCCCAAACGGAGGACCGCCGCCUGCAGCCGUCCACGCCCGAGAGGCGGAGCCUCUUUAAUUACUCGAUCAGCGCCAAGCGCUCCACCCCUGAUGAUGGAAACAGCAUCUCGCCGUAUUCCUUAUCGCCCGUCAGCAGCAAGAGUCAGAAGCUGCUGCGCUCGCCGCGGAAACCCACCCGCAAGAUCUCCAAGAUCCCCUUCAAGGUGCUGGAUGCCCCCGAGCUGCAGGACGACUUCUACCUGAACCUGGUGGACUGGUCGUCCCUGAACGUGCUCAGCGUGGGCCUGGGCACCUGCGUCUACCUGUGGAGCGCCUGCACCAGCCAGGUGACCCGACUGUGUGACCUUUCGGUGGAGGGGGACUCUGUCACCUCCGUCGGGUGGUCCGAGAGGGGUAACCUGGUCGCCGUGGGGACGCACAAAGGCUUCGUACAAAUCUGGGAUGCUGCCGCCGGCAAAAAGCUCUCCACGCUGGAGGGGCACACGGCUCGAGUCGGCGCGCUGGCGUGGAACGCGGACCAGCUGUCGUCAGGCAGCCGCGACCGCGUGAUCCUGCAGCGGGACAUCCGCACGCCCCCCCUGCAGUCAGAGCGCCGCCUGCAGGGCCACCGUCAGGAGGUCUGCGGCCUUAAGUGGAGCACAGACCACCAGCUGCUUGCCUCCGGGGGCAACGACAACAAGCUGCUAGUGUGGAACCACUCCAGCGUGCUGCCGGUGCAGCAAUACACGGAGCACCUGGCAGCGGUGAAGGCCAUCGCCUGGUCGCCCCACCAGCACGGGCUGCUGGCGUCGGGCGGGGGCACGGCUGACCGCUGCAUCCGCUUCUGGAACACGCUGACAGGGCAGCCGCUGCAGUGCACCGAUACCGGCUCGCAAGUCUGCAACCUGGCCUGGUCCAAGCACACCAAUGAGCUGGUGAGCACCCACGGCUACUCUCAGAACCAGAUCCUGGUGUGGAAGUACCCCUCCCUGACUCAGGUGGCCAAGCUGACGGGUCAUUCAUACAGAGUCCUCUAUCUGGCCAUGUCACCGGAUGGAGAGGCCAUCGUGACGGGGGCUGGAGAUGAGACCCUGCGCUUCUGGAACGUGUUCAGCAAAACGCGGUCGACAAAGGAAUCUGUGUCUGUUUUGAAUCUCUUCACCCGGAUACGGUAGUACAGCGCGGUGCUCUGGGGGGAGCAGCGUCACAUUUCACAGAGACAGGAUGCCGAUGCCAGAGCAUAACUGUCACUCACAAAGCCACGCCCCCCCCCCCCCAAACAGGAGAGGAGUGGUGGGGGCCAUUCUCUUCAUUUUUGUUUGUUUACAAAGAGACUUGAUUUUGGGACAGCCAAAUACAGAAUCAAAGGAAGUCAUUUUUGUUUUGUUUGUUAAAUGUACAGUUCUGUUCUAAUUGUUUUGGCUUUUCUUUUUCUAUGUACCGUUUUAUACCAUUGCGUGCGCGUGUGUGUGUGUUGCGAACAGCAAGUUUUGCGCGAACCAGCCUUAACAUGGUGCAAACCAAUUACCUUGAAAUAACCGGGCCUGGACACUGAUGGGCAAAUUUUUUCUUUUUUUUCUUUUUCUUUUAAGAAUGAGGUGGAGCCAAAUGGAGACUCUAGGAUAUGCUGAAGCAAACACGUGUUUUUAAGUCUCACUGUUAGGUUGUAUUUCUUUAUGGAAAUCAGGGAAUGGAAGCUACAGAGGACCUAAAAUUACUAUCAAAGUUCAACUGUAGAAAAGAGAAUCAACAUUUUUGAUGUAUAAAAGCACUUCACUUAAAGUGAUUGAGCAGUUGGAAGAUGUUGGUAAUCAGUUGGAUGCGAACAAUUUUUAGUUAAAAUUUGGCCAUUUUGUUGGAAAACUAAUUUAAGGCUGUUCGUCUUUUACACUAGCUUUGGCUAAUCAGUGAAAUUCCUGGUCAUGUAAACCUAUUUCUGUUCAUCAGUUUGACCUUUUUAAAUGGUCUGUGUGCCGUUUUGGUUUCCUUGCCGUACGUGUGAUUGCUGGUGGCAUCGGCGUGCUUUAACGAGCUGAGCCUGGCUGCUUUUCAUCAUCCUGCCAUGUUCUUGUGUGAAUCACUCGCAUAACCUGCAUACGAUGGUCACUAAAGGAUGGUAAGCUAUGAUCACUGUCAGUAUGCAUGCUAAACCCAGAACAAUAUCGGCAGUGCUUUGUGGUUCUGCUGUACUGCCAGAUGCAAAUCCAGGUUUAAAAUAGGAUUGUCUGCAUGUUUCACGGUGAAUUUCCCAGGUACAUAUUGUAUUAUAAUUCCAUGCAUAUUUGAGUUUCAGCUAAUUCAAGUUUGUUUUUUUCACGAGUUGAUCAGACAGUAGGAUAUUUGGGGGAAAAUCACUCAAUAUGAAAAAUGACAUUUGUCAUUUUUUCUGUGCGUGUUGCUCUUGUUUGUGAUCGCUUGAAUGGCAUGCUUCUAUUGGAAUGAAUGUUAUUUAUUUGACUUGUGGACAGUGUUACAAUCUGGGUUGAAUGUGAGAGAAAUUUCAACACUGACUUACUGUUUUUAUGUCCUGAGUUUUUUUUUCUUUUAUUUUGUAUGUCUCAUUUUUUCUUAGCAACAGCAAAGUUAACAUCAUAACUGCCAACUUGAACAGCUUAAAGAAUGUUUAACACAAACUCAAAGAAUUUAUGGACAUAACUGAAUAAAUUCUAAUUUUUGGCCCA